UCCCGGUCUGUGUGUGUUGGAGGUACAGCGGUUACUGGCUGGAAAAAAAAAACAAAUCGGCAUCAAAUGGGCCCAAGAAGAGAUGGUUGAUGUUGCUGGGGUCUCGCGGAUGGCCCCGUGCUUGGCUGAGUGGGGACAGGGGUGGUGGAGGAACUCGCUGGAGACCAAAUGUUCUCCUGGUUUGCUCCUGGACAGCUCGAUGCGUCAGGCCCGUAAAUGUCUCCGUCUGGAUUUGUUUUCCUUAAUGUUUUUUCCCCUCCAGAAUGCCCCUCUUCCAGUGGGAAGCCUAAUCACGCAGAUAUCCUGCUUGUAAACCUACAGUAUGUUUCAGAAGUGGAAAUAAUUAAUGACCGCACGGAAACGCCUCCUCCUUUAGCUUCACUCAAUGUUAGCAAGCUUGCCAACAAAGCGCGGACGGAGAAGGAAGAGAAGAUGAGCCAGGCGUAUGCAAUUAGUGCUGGUGUCUCUCUGGAGGGGCAGCAGCUCUUCCAGACUAUACAUAAGACCAUUAAAGACUGUAAAUGGCAGGAGAAGAACAUCGUUGUGAUGGAAGAAGUCGUUAUUGCCCCUCCCUAUCAAGUGGAAAACUGUAAAGGCAAAGAGGGAAGCGCCCUGAGUCACGUACGCAAAAUAGUGAGUAUGG